AUGGCCACCACGCCGCAGCUCGCCCCCUGGCUCAUCAAGUCGCUCAACGAGGACACCAUAUUCGUCAAGCUUGCAAGAAAGGCAGAAUGCAGCGAGGAUGAGGACGACUUCGACGGGAUCCUGUCCCCGCUGCCGACCAAGGUUGAUCUGCAGGAUGUCAACGAGUGCUUGGACGCUUCUCUCUGCCCGGCCAACUCCACCUGCAUCAACACCUAUGUCACCCCGCAGUCCUGCACGGCGUCGCAGGUGGGGCAUUCGGUGAACUAUAAGCUCUCCGGGCUAUGCAUGGCGCAGGUGACCAGCAGCAUGGGCGGGUUCAGCGCCGCGUCGAGCUCCACCAACACGAUCAGCUACAAAAACCUGCUGGCCACACCCUGCUACAACGCCGACCCGGCCAAUAUGUACUGCUACAGCGUCUACAGCUCGGCGUUGAGCUACUCCCCCAUGCUGGUCUCCUUGGGGGUGAGCGGGAUAUCAGGGUCGGGUGGUCAGGGGCCCUACGGUAGGCGACUGCUCGGCAUUGACGACGGGCCAGAGUUCUUCAGCCAUGACGAUGCAUGCAUGGACGCAUGGGAUGAGUUCCUUGCUACCAACAAGAGCACAAGGGUGAUGGCGGGCUGUGUCACCCGCUUUGCCGCCACUUACGACGUUGUUUCCCAGCACGGCAUGUUAGACUACAUCCCACCGAAUAUGUUUGUCAGCUGGUCGGACUUCAUUGCAACCGUGGGAGAGAGACCAGAGUCCCUUCUUAUCCUGCUCUACUCGCCAAGGAUGGCGGUCGACCUUAUCUUCAGGACUCCCACCUUCAACCGCCUUUACCGGUACUACUUCAUCUGGGUGUCAGCUCUGUCCGAUGCCUAUUUCGACAUUGCCGUGCAUAAGAGGCUCGACGCCAACGGCAGCCUGCACUACGAGGUCGACGCGGAUGGUGGCGUCUUCAUCAACGGCCACAAUAUCAGUGAGAUGACGCUGAUACUGCUCAACCUGCUCCACGGCGCGCACCGCCACUUCAAUGCCACGGAGACAAACCACACCCUGAGCCUCGCGGUGAGGAACAGGGAGUCGGUCAGGAAGCUCCUCUCGAUGACGAGCCUCUCGCCCCUCGCCACCGAGCUCCUGUACAACGGCAGCGGGGUGGAGGAGAGGGUCACCCUACGCCACCUCAUGCAGUUCACCUCCUGGAAGACACAGAUGAAGGAGGUCCAGAGGUUCACGGGCUCCACGGCCCUGAACAACGGCGUCCAGCAAUCCGUGGGGACGGCCACCGAUGCUGCCUGGGUGAACAGCCCCUUUGCAUGGCCCAUCAACUACGACUUCGGCGGGACGGUGCUCCAAUGCCAGCUUCCAUUACGUCAUGAUCUUGAAUUACUCAAUAAUGCAUCUGGUACAAAGGCUGGCCCAGUGGGCCAGAUCCAAUUAGUCCUGAGGGGGGCAUAG